AUGUUGAGCUCAUCGAACCCUACGUCCUCCUAUGGUACAGGCUUUGUGAUCUAUACUUCAAAAACCACCAAGAACCCAGUAAGGCUUUUCCAUUGUUGUCCUAAUGGUAGUGAAGAGGAUAAAAAUCAUAUGUUUAAAUGGACAGAUGAAGCUUUUGUAGAAGAAAUUGAGGAUAUGAAGAGCUUGUUUGAUGAAAAGUUCGGCCAUUUCGAGCUUCAAAAUCAGAGAUGCGAAGAUCUAAUAAGAAGCUAUGACAAAAAGAUUGAAGAUUUGACUGAUGCUUUAACUGGAUUUGGGAAUGAAAUAAAGAGAUGA